AUGUCCAAGAUUAUUACCAUCGUCGGGGCAACCGGCCGUCAGGGCCAAGGCGUAGUCUCGGCCUUCCUCAACAAGCCGGGCUACACGGUUCGGGCGGUAACCCGGAACCCGUUUUCUCCAUCUGCCCAGUCUCUCUCCUCGCAGGGCGCCACCGUGGUCCAAGCCGACCUGAACUCGCUCCCGUCCCUGGAGCGCGCAUUCGCCGGUUCGCACAUCAUCUUCGCAGUAACCAACUUCCUCGAGCCCUUUGCGCAGAACUUAUCUCCCGAAAAGGCAAUGGAAGUCGAGCUAGAGCAGGGGACCAACCUCGCCAAAGCCGCCGCCGCGGUCCCGACGCUGGAGCACUACAUCUGGAGCACCUUGCCGAACGUCAAGGCCAUCUCGGCCGGAACGUAUCUGGUGCCGCACUUCGAGAGCAAGAACCAGGUCGACGCCUACAUCCGUACCGAGCUGCCGGCCCUGCUUAGCAAAACAACCUUCCUUUGGGUCGGCGUGUACGCCACCAACUUUGCGGCGCCCGCCUUCAAGCCCUACCACAUCCCCACGGCAGACAAGUAUGUUCAGUUUGGCUGCUGGGAGCCCGACACGCCCGUCCGCGUGAUUGCCGACGUGAGUGCCAACAUUGGGCUGUUUGUGAAGGCGGCGAUUGAGCAGCCAGCCAAGACAAAGAAUGGCGGCAUUGUCCUGGCCGCCCUCCAGAGGACGUACACCGCCGAUGAGAUGCUUCAGGCUUGGGCAGCCGCUCAGGGGGUGAAAGCACAAUUUGUCCAAAUCUCGACAAAGGACUACAGGGAGCUCUGGCCGGUUUGGGCUGAGGAGAUGGACGGCAUGAUGAGAUAUUGGGACGAGUACAGGGAGAAGAGCUGGAUAGAGCCAAGUGGGCAGAGAGUCUUGGGCGUGGAAGAGCUGGGACUUAGGGAUGAGGACUUUGAGUCGUUGGAGGAGGCUUAUAAAAGAUUGAAUGUGUGA